AUGGGCAACAGCCACUCAGAGCAGGAGCAACAGCCCGAGAAAAGCCUUGUGAGGGGCGACACUGAGAAGGGAAAAGCGAAAGAGGCAGAAAAGACCACCACUAAGGUUUCCACCCCUCUCGCUCCCACCCCCAAGCUCUUAAGCCCUGUGCCACCCAGUCAGUUCAAGGGCAUCCCAGACUUCACUGUAAACAUGGGGCAAGCUUCCCUGUGCUCACUGCAGGCAACCCCAUCUCUAUCAAGUCUCUCCACAGAGAGCCCAAUGAGCAUGCAGGCUGUUCCUACGUCCUCUGCUACCCCUUCCUCUCCUUUCUGGCAUACCCCUAUAAUCCCCCCCCACCCAUCCCAGACAACGUCUUUACCAAAACCUCAGCCACAGGGCCCAUCAUCGCAGGAGGCAGCCCUGGCCCCCAACCCUCAGCCAACACAGCAGAGACCAGCACCAGUGGCCCCCAACCCUCAGCCAACACAGCAGAGACCAGCACCAGUGGCCCCCAACCCUCAGCCAACACAGCAGAGACCAGCACCAGUGGCCCCCAACCCUCAGCCAACACAACAGAGACUAGCGGCAGUGGCCCCCAACCCUCAGCCAACACAGCAGAGACUAGCGGUAGUGGCCCCCAACCCUCAGCUCACACAGCAGAGCCUAGCACCAGUGGCCCCCAACCCUCAGCCAACACAGCAGAGACUAGCGGCAGUGGCCCCCAACCCUCAGCCAACACAGCAGAGCCUAGCACCAGUGGCCCCCAACCCUCAGCCAAAACAGCAGAGACUAGCGGCAGUGGCCCCCAACCCUCAGCCAAAACAGCAGAGACUAGCGGCAGUGGCCCCCAACCCUCAGCCAACACAGCAGAGACUAGCGGCAGUGGCCCCCAACCCUCAGCCAACACAGCAGAGACUAGCGGCAGUGAAAGCAAUGAGAAAGGCUUCACUUAGGUCUCCUCAGAACCCUGUCACCCCCACUGCCCCAGCCAAGACCCAGCCCACCCCCACUGCCCCAGCCAAGACCCAGCCAACCCCCACUGCCCCAGCCAAGACCCAGCCAACCCCCACUGCCCCAGCCAAGACCCAGCCAACCCCCACUGCCCCAGCCAAGUUCCAGCCCACCCCCACUGCCCCAGUCAAGACCCAGCCCACACCUACCAUCCCAGGUAAGACCCAGCCCACACCUACCAUCCCAGGUAAGACCCAGCCCACACCUACCAUCCCAGCCAAGACCCAACAAGAUCCUCCUCCUCAAAAUAUCACUCAGCACGGGCACAAGCGGCAGCACGGGCACAAGCGGGAGCACGGGCACAAGGGGGAGCACGGGCCCAAGCGGCAGCACGGGCACAAGGGGGAGCACGGGCACAAGCGGCAUCACGGGCACAAGGGGCAUCACGGGCACAAGCGGCAGCACGGGCACAAGGGGGAGCACGGGCCCAAGCGGCAGCACGGGCACAAGGGGGAGCACGGGCACAAGCGGCAUCACGGGCACAAGCGGCAUCAAGGGCACAAGCGGCAGCACGGGCACAAGUGGGAGCACGGGCACAAGCGGCAGCACGGGCACAAGCGGGAGCACGGGCACAAGCGGGAGCACGGGCACAAGUGGGAGCACGGGCACAAGCGGGAGCACGGGCACAAGCGGGAGCACGGGCACAAGCGGGAGCACGGGCACAAGCGGGAGCACGGGCACAAGUGGCAGCCUUGA